AUGGCUGAAUUUCUAUUACUUAUAAACAAGUCUCUCCAUCUCCCGGCUAGACGAGCAAGGUUUGUGGCAUCUCCUACUUUGGACAUAUCACAAGCAUUGGCCUCAUUCAGCCACGAAGUGGAGGGCGCUUCGCCAUUGGUAGUGACUCGAUGGGGGGCUUUUGCCAUUAGCGCUUGGGGGUUAGCUAGGCACCCCGAGCCGACAGUGCCGCCGGUGAGGGGGGCAUCCGAAGCCAUAGCCUUAGGAGAAGGAGGUGCGGGUCGGCAUUGA